ACACGUGACGUCAGCGUCAAGGCAUCUUUCCCUAGCAGCCUGCUGGCUAACAGGAGCAGCUAAUCUCAGCCAUGGUCCACCACCACCACUACCACCACCAAUGUUUCAUCUGCUGAACAAGAUGGUGCUGGGAACGACUCAUCUGGCUCCGGACGGGUUGGAGACAUGGAGACCGCUUGGGUGUUACACGCUAGCCAAUGUCGCAGAGGUGCAUCGAAGCGAGUGAAGAGCCUGUGACACUGAUGCCAGCAGAGAGCAGCCAGGAUCAUGAGUGGAGCUGGAGAGCACACGGACAUCCUGUCAGUGGGAGAUGUGGUCAGGGACAGGUGGAAAGUGGCCAAGAAGAUAGGAGGAGGGGGCUUUGGGGAGAUCUAUGAAGUCCUGGACCAGCUGAGCCAGGCCACUGUGGCCUUGAAGGUCGAGUCUGCUCAGCAACCCAAACAGGUGCUAAAGAUGGAGGUGGCGGUGCUAAAGAAGCUUCAGGGAAAGGACCACGUUUGUCGCUUUGUUGGCUGCGGCAGGAACGAUCGCUUCAACUACGUAGUGAUGGAACUGCAGGGCCGGAAUCUGGCGGAUCUGCGCAGAACCAUGACCCGCGGCACCUUUUCCGUCUCCACGACUUUGAGGCUGGGGAAGCAGAUUUUAGAGGCCAUCGAGAGCAUCCAUUCUGUGGGCUUCCUGCACCGUGACAUUAAACCUUCAAACUUUGCAAUGGGAAGACUGGCCAGUACCUGCAGAUGCUGCUAUAUGCUGGACUUCGGACUGGCUCGACAGUUUACCAACUCCAACCAAGAAGUCCGUCCACCUCGUCCUGUGGCAGGUUUCAGAGGAACGGUGCGAUACGCCUCAGUCAAUGCUCAUAAGAACAAGGAAAUGGGUCGCCACGAUGACCUGUGGUCCCUCUUCUACAUGCUGGUCGAGUUCAUGGUCGGCCAGCUUCCCUGGAGGAAGAUUAAAGACAAAGAACAAGUAGGAAACCUGAAAGAGACGUACGACCACCGCCUCAUGCUGAAGCACCUUCCCUCGGAGUUCAGCGCCUUCCUGGAUCACAUCCUGACCUUGGAUUACUUCACCAAGCCCGACUAUCAGCUGCUGACGGCCGUGUUCGAGAAGGCCAUGAAGAGCAACAGCGUGCUGGAGAACGACCCCUACGACUGGGAGAAAUGCAACUCGGAGGGUGUGCUGAGCAUCACCGCCGCAGCCAACACCGCUCAGCAGCUCACUCGCCUCACCCCGGCUUACCUCGGCAUGGCCAACGCCUCAGUGCUGCCGGGCGAGCUGCAGAGGGAGAACACCGAGGAUGUCCUUCAAGGGGAACGCCUGAGCGACGCCGACAACUGCCCCCCCAUCCCCACGCCGACCACCGCCGGCGGAGACGUGUGGGAGGAGAUGGAUCGCAACCGCAACCUUAAGCAACCCCAGCCGGCGGUCAGGAAGGUGGUGAGCGAGGACGAACACAGUCAGAACCAGGGGAACCAGAGUCCUAACACCGGCUCCGUGCAGAGUUCCCCCAGACGGGUGCGCUCAGAGACCAUGUUCCUGGACCGAGCCGCGCCGCUGCUCCGCAGGAUGAGGCACAGCCAGAGCUUGGCGUUCGAGAAGAGACUCGCGCCGGAACCAAAGCCCACCAUAGAACGGUUCCUUGAGGCCUACUUGGGCAAACAGCGCCCCGUCCUGUGUCACGUUGGGGAGAAGCCCAUACCUGAGAACGGCCAGCAGACGCCUUCCUGCAACGAGGAACGGUCCGGCACGGCGACCCCCGACCCGGAGGAAGCCGCGGCGAGCAGCGGCUUCGUUGCUGUGAACUUCAGCCCCGUGCCUCAGGAGGCCGACUCUCAGGAGUGGGUGAUGCUGGAGCUGGAGCAGGCCAACAGCUCGGGAGGAGGCAAACCUCAGGCAGAAACCCAGAGCGAGGACAAGCCCGGCCCCUGCGGCGCCGACGGAGCUGCCGACCGGUCCGCCGAGCAGCAGGACGACCAGACGGGUCCCGCGGCGGCGCCCAGCAGCCCCGUCAUGUCGCAGAUGGCCAUGCCCGGCACGUGGUUACUGGGCCACCGCAGGCUGCCGGGGAUGCUCGGGCAGAUGCCUUCAGUGCUGAUGGGGAGAUCCCAGAUGGAGCAGUCCUCCUCCAGCAGUGCGCCGCCGUCGCCCGUCAGGAAGAGCGACGCAUCCCCUCUAGACGUACCGAGCUGCAAAUCCGAGGACGUCGUGGAGGAAAGCUCAAAGGACAGGAGGAGGUUGGACUCGGUGCCGGAGCUGAUCCCCGCCAAAGGCCCCACGUCUCACCUGACCAACGACAGGGACCCCGAGAGCGAUUCGGGCCUGCCCGACCGCUCCUCGGAGCCGAACCAGCAGCCUCCGGCCGACACGGCGGGGGGCGCCGCCGAGAGCACCGUCACCGUCUCCUCCUCCCCGCCUCCCGCUCUGCUCAAGCGACGGGACUCUCCGUCCUCUCCGCGCCUGAGCCGGAUCCCGGUGCGAGACCCCAGCAAUCCCCUGGACUCUCCGAGCAGGGAGCCCAACGCGGAGCGGCGGCACCGCUGGAGCAGCCCGGUCCUCGGCUCGCCCACGCACUCCCCCUCCCCCUCGCUGUCCUGCGACAACCUCCCCUGCGCUCUGCCGAGAGACCGGCUCUCCUCGGAGCGGGGCUCUAGGUCCGACUGCGCGGGAGAGGACCCGCUGUCUCUGUCCUCCUCGUCCGGAAGCAGAAGUAAAAUCCCUCGUCCCGUGAGCGGCACGUUUCUGCCGGAGCAGCUCAGCGGAAGGUUUUUGCCUCGGCCGCCUCCCGGGAAGCCGCCCAUCCGUCCGUGUGUGGACAGCAGACGGCGGCGUCUGAGGGUGCGCGCCAGCAGCACCAGCGACGCCGACUUCCUCGCCAGCCUGACCCAGCUGAUGCAGGACCGCGGCGGCGUGCUCUUCAGCCCGCCUCCCCGGCCUCGCAGCUCCUCCUCGCUGCAGCGCUCCUUAAGCUCCUCCCCCUCCCGGCAGGAGCUCCGCGACAGCGUGGCCCUGCAGGGGCGCAGCCGCUCGCCCUCGAGCCUGUCGGGCUCCCCUCCCCCUCGACAGCCGCAGGACAGGGCCUCGUCGGGGCUCGGUCAGUGGGGCCUCGGCUCCAGGGGGAAAGCUCCGCUCUACGAGGGUAAAGCCUUCGGGAAACUGACUUGAUGCCCGCGAUCUCCCACAACUGACUGGUCCCAAACGUGCACCUGUGGGGUGAGGCUACCCCACCCACACCCCCCAUGCCCGGAUAGCAUGUGUAAAUAUAACAUUUACUGAAAGGAAUGUACUGUAUGUAAUGUAAAAUGUAUGAUAAAAUGUAUUUAUUUAUUUAUUCGGAUGUGAAACGGAGAAAAUCUCGAGAUUGCCAACUUUUACCUCUCACUUCAUUAAAUCUCUAUUUAGGCCUAAUGAAACCAAAAUAAUCAUGUUUAAUACUUGAGAUGUAAAAAAACAAACAAAAAAAACACAGAACACCUUGACUGUAGAUAUGUACUAUUAGGAGAAAUAAGAUCACUAAGUAUAUAAACCAUGUAUUCACUGUAGAGACACUAUAGCGGUAAAGACGUCCACAGUCAGCCAGAGCAUGCCGCACCCAGACCUCACAGCUAACGCCGCUGUUUAAUAGCCAGCUGCUCAUUUUGGCUUAGCUCGGUGUUGUAGUGCGCUUUUUUCCUUUUUACUAGAGAGAAAAUGUCGCGCAGCCAUCCGCUUCGAAGAAUGUACGUUAAGAACACUAUUGUAAACCCGCAUGACUAUCCUUGCAAACAUUGUUUGUUUUUUUAUUUUUAUUCAUUUGUACAAUCUGCUGAAGCAUCUGUGUUUUAUUGAACUGGUUCCGAUCAAAACGUAUCUUGGAAGUCUUGUUUCUGAGUGAUUUCUUGCUGCGAUGAACAGGAGGGAAUGUUGCAGAAUGGUUACCGGUAAAUUUGCCAAUUUGUUGUUCCUGAAUAACAUGAAAGAAAUGGCUAAAAUUAGA